AUUACUGGAUUUUCAUUAUUGCUCGUGGUAUUAACAGCUCCUGUGAAAUUAUUUUUUGUUGAAAAAUGAUGGAGAGUCGAACAAGUCGCUGCUCCCGGUUUGCCUUUUAUUUGGCGCUCUUGCUGUUUUCUGGAAGAGAGGCUUUGGCUCAGAUACGGUAUUCUGUUGCAGAGGAGGUAGAAGAUGGGACUGUUGUUGGAAAUGUUGCGAAGGAUAUUGGGCUUGAUAUAAAUUCUUUGCCUGACCGACGGUUUCGUGUUGUGUCUGGAAGUACGGAGGGCAUUUUUGAGGUAAACCAGAAAAGUGGGGCAUUGUAUGUCAGUAAUCAUAUCGACAGAGAGGAGCUCUGUCAGAGCAGUGGUGCCUGCCUAAUGGAGCUAAAAAUUCUUGUAGAGAACCCUUUGGAAAUACACUAUGUAAUUGUAGAAAUUAAUGAUGUAAAUGAUCAUUCUCCCAGUUUUCCUGCAAGACAGCAGACAUUUGAAAUAGCUGAACAAACACUCCCAGGGAAGAGAUUUCAGCUGCACACUGCUCGCGAUCCAGAUGCUGGAAUUAACUCUAUUCGUACAUAUACUAUGACCUCAAAUGAACACUUUGAGGUAAAUAUCCGUCAAAGUGAUGCAGGAAAGAUACCUUUUCUGGUGCUUAAGAAAUCACUGGACAGAGAACAAAAAAAUGAACACACAUUAGUGGUUACAGCAGUUGAUGGAGGAAAACCUCCGAGAUCAGGCACACUAAAUAUCACCAUUAUUGUUCUGGACAGUAACGACAAUCGUCCAGUAUGUAGCCAAGAGAUUUAUCAGUUGCUAAUAAAAGAAAACAUACCUGUCGGCACUUCAGUGUUUACAAUGAAUGCGACAGAUUACGAUGACGGUACUAAUGGAGAGGUACAAUACAGCCUCGGGAAAACCUUACGGCAGAAAGUCUAUGAUAUUUUUGAACUGGACAAAAUAAGUGGAGAAAUUACAGUCAAAGGAGUAGUGGAUUAUGAGGAGAACGAAGUAUAUGAACUGGACGUUGAGGUAUCUGAUAAAGGAACACCUCCAUUAACGGGUGAGUGUAGGCUACAUAUAAAAAUUAUAGACGUCAACGAUAACCCGCCCGAAAUAGAAGUUACAUCACUUUCAAACACGCUGCCGGAAGACUCAAAACCUGGCACAGUUAUUUCACUUCUUAGUGUGAAAGAUAAAGACGCCGGUGUAAAUGCAAAAAUAAUAUCGAGCAUUACUAAUGAAGUACCUUUUGAAUUAAAACCUUCCUAUAAGGAAAAUACAUAUUCAGUGGUCACUAAGGCACCUUUGGAUCGAGAACAAGUGUCUCAUUAUGAAAUAACAAUAAAAGCCACCGACUGCGGUGAGCCUCCCUUAUCUACUUUUAAAACUCUACGCGUUGAGAUAUCAGACAUAAAUGACAACAGUCCACAUUUCGACCAAAACUCUUUGGAGUUUUAUCUGGGAGAAAAUAACGUUGCUGGGAAGUCACUAUUUUCCAUAAGCGCAUCCGACGAAGAUCUGAAUGACAACGCAGCAAUUUCAUAUCAAAUUGUGAGAGAGGGGAGUCAAAAUGACAUUAUGUCAUUCCUAAGUAUAAACAGUGAUAAUGGACACAUUUCAGCUUUGAAAAGUUUUGAUUUUGAAACGCUGAAAACUUUCCAGUUCCAAGUUGUCGCCUCAGAUUCUGGAACGCCGUCACUGAGCAGCAACGUCACAGUCAAAGUGUUCAUUCUGGAUCAGAACGACAACGCUCCAGUCAUCCUGUAUCCACUCAGCUCCAACGGUUCUGCUGAAGGUGUGGAGGAGAUUCCUCGCAAUGCCAACGCAGGACAUUUGGUGACUAAAGUCAGAGCCUAUGACGCUGAUAUAGGAUAUAACGGCUGGUUGCUCUUUUCACUGCAGCAAGUUACUGACCACAGUCUCUUUGGUUUGGACCGCUAUACAGGACAGAUCAGAACACUUCGCUCAUUCACAGAGACAGACGAAGCUGAGCAUAAACUGGUCAUACUGGUCAAAGACAAUGGCAACGUUUCUCUCUCAGCAACAGCUACUGUGAUUGUCAAACUUGUGGAGCCCAAAGAGGCGUUUGCAGCUUCUGAUGUUAAAAGUGCAGCAAAAGAUGAUGAGGACAGUAAUGUGACGUUUUAUCUCAUAAUAACUUUGGGCUCAGUUUCUGUGCUGUUUUUUGUCAGUAUCAUGGUGCUGAUUGCAAUGCAGUGCUCUAAAUCCACAGACUAUACUUCUAAAUAUCUGCCAGAGACUAAUUAUGAUGGGACACUGUGUCACAGCAUCCAGUACAGAUCAGGAGAGAAACGGUACAUGUUAGUUGGACCCAGAAUGAGUAUAGGAUCUACUAUAGUUCCGGGGAGCCAUGCAAAUACACUAGUUCUUCCUGACAGGAGACAACCAUCUGAAGAGGUAAGUUUGAGCCUGUGA